AUGGCACUAGGACUGACGGAGCGCAUCCGGCCUCCCCACGCUCUGGCACAAAUCUCAUCACCAGAUUCACCACCGUCACCACCCGUCAACACCAUCCAUCUGCGCUAUCAGCCACCAAUCAAUCUAUCUGCUGCCCCCAAUCCUUAUCCACCGCAAUGGGAACCGAAGAUCUCGAGUAGAAAAAUCCCCCAUCUACUCAGGAAAAAUUCCCAUGGCUUCGAAGGCACCCAGUCCUCCUCUGCCCGUUGUGCUGUGGCCGGCCUCCUCCUCGCGAUGGUCCUGAAAGGCCGUCCUCCUCCAUCACCUCUACCACUGCGACGUCUCACCAUCUCUUCCGAUCUCGUUUCCAAUCAGCAGCCGCGAUUCCUUCAGACACGGAACCAUCUGCAGCCACGAAGACGCCCAGGACCAAAAAAGAACUUCCGAGAUUUCCACCUGCAGCGUAGAUCCGUCGCCGGUUUCUCGUCUGCAGCUUUCCCACCAUCUCCGGCCCCGUCUCCAUCACUAUCGCCAACACCACCACCACCAACACCGUCUUCAUUCUUAAUCCCCCUUCUUCCCUCCGCAUCUUGCCGACCUCCUCGACCUCCUUCUUCCUCUACAUCUGUACGGUCCUAUUGUUCCCAGCACUCCCACAGACACCCAGCCGACCUAGAAGAAGACGAAGACAAGGAAGAUCUACGCACGAUGCCUUCAGACUCGAGCAGUGAUGCCUACACCAAGGCCUUCAACAACAACAGCUUAUGGCGCCGCUCCCUGGCCGAAACCGAGCCCGAGCUCUUCGAGUCCAUGGCCAAAGGCCAAUCCCCGCAGAUUCUUUGGAUUGGAUGUGCCGACUCGCGCUGCCCAGAGACCACCAUCCUGGGCCUGAAGCCCGGUGAAAUAUUUUGCCACCGCAACAUCGCCAACAUCCUGGUCAACACAGACAUCAACUCCCUCUCGGUCAUUCAAUAUGCCGUCCAAUACCUGAAGGUCAAGCACAUCAUCAUCUGCGGCCACACCUCUUGCGGUGGUAUUGCGGCGGCCUUGGGGAACAAGAAACUCGGCCUAAUCGACACCUGGCUUAUGCCUCUGCGGGCGAUUCGCCAAGAAAACCUGCCUCUCCUAAACAGCUUGGACGAGACGCAGCGGGGCUUGAAAAUGGUCGAGUUGAACGUCCGUGCCGGGGUCAAAGUGCUCCUGGCCAACCCCAUCGUCCUAGACGCCAUGGAUGAACGCGGCCUCCAAGUCCAUGCGCUCAUCUACAAUGUCGGGACCGGCGAGUUGCGUGAGUUGGAUAUCGAGGAGGAUGAAGAAGUCGUCAAGAGCCGCGUCACCGCGUUCAAGACCGAAGAUUAGGGAGGAGCGACAACUACGUUCGCCGGGAUUGGAGGACAGGAAUGGACUUUUCGUAGAACUGUAUUUCGACCAACUAUAUUGUAGCCAACAGCACGUGGCUGCAUUGGGACAUUGCCUCGAAACACGCGAGGUGGGAAUGUGUAGAGGUCAAUGGGAGGAGUAACUGUGAUGGACGACUUGCGUCUGUCAAGUCAGCUUAGUCUGGAACUUGGUGUCCCGUCCACAUGCUGGCGUAUUUGGUGUGCCUCUCUCUUCCGACCUCCCUUUCCUGGCGGAGAGCGAGUUGAUACUCCGGCAGCCCGACUAUCCACGCACCCGGACAACAGUGCUCUAUCUCUCUGCCAUAGGCUCGGCCGGCUCCGGCCUUGGGACUUUCAUUGGGAUGAGCUCAGGCCACCAACCGUACCAGAACAUUUACAUCCCUCCUCGCUACUUCGGCAAGCACAGCAAGGAAGGGGUGAGGAGGAAUGGACGUGUCGAGCGUUUUGCCUUGAUCGAGCUCCGUAUAUGCGUUCUCGCCAUGCGCAGGAACUUUUGAUCGGGUCAUGAAUUGCGUACGCAUCGUCCUGUCCUGGUUCAGCUCGGGUUGCCGUGAAUAUCGCGACAGGGGGACAGGGGUGAAAGGACGAGUCUGAUGCUGUCUUCGUUUCCCCCCAGCCCUGGUAUGUAGGUCCUGGCCCGACCGCUCUAUAGCGGGACUUUUGUCGGGAGUUGAGAGAUCGCAAUCCAGCAAGUUUCAGAUGAGGUUGUAUAGGCUGCUUGUCGUCGAACGACCUACCUGCCACGUGAGUGGAGGUUAAAUGCGUGGUAUUGUCCUAGAGGACAAAAGAGGAACAGAUUCGAUGUUCCUGGGGUU